AUGCGUCUCAACGGAGCGUUAGCAGCGGGCCUUUACUCCUCCGCGUUACUUAUUGGGAAUGCCUGGGCAGAUGACGCUGAAGAGCCCGAAUCUUCUUCAACUACCGUAGAGGAGACUACGACUUCUUCUGUCAUCGAAAGGCCAACUUUCACGCCCACUGACCUUAAAGCGCCGUUCCUCGAGCAAUUCACAUCGGGUUGGGACUCGCGGUGGAAGGCCUCACACGCUAAGAAAGAGGACUCGAAGACCACCGAAGACUGGGCCUAUGUAGGUGAAUGGUCUGUCGAGGAACCAUCUGUCUUCAAAGGAAUCGAGGAAGACAAAGGCCUUGUUGUAAAGAACGCAGCAGCACAUCACGCGAUCUCGGCCAAAUUUCCCAAGAAGAUCGACAAUAAGGGCAAAACGUUAGUCGUCCAGUACGAGGUUAAGCUUCAGAAUGGUUUGGAAUGUGGUGGAGCUUACAUGAAGCUCCUGCAAGACAACAAGAAACUGGCAUCUGAUGAAUUCUCAAACGCCUCCCCAUAUAUCAUUAUGUUUGGUCCGGACAAAUGUGGUUCUACGAAUAAGGUCCACUUCAUCUUCCGACACAAGAACCCAAAGACUGGCGAAUAUGAGGAGAAGCAUCUCAAGAGCGCCCCGAUGUCUCGGGUUGUCAAGACCACAGCUCUCUACACCCUCAUUGUCGAACCGGACAACACCUUCGAGAUCUUGAUUGAUGGCGAGUCGUCGAAGAAGGGCAGUCUUUUAGAAGACUUUUCGCCCUCGGUGAAUCCUGAAAAGGAAAUAGAUGACGCAAAGGACACCAAGCCCGACGACUGGGUCGAUGAAGCGAGAAUUCCUGACCCUGACGCCAAGAAACCAGAGGAUUGGGAUGAGGAAGCUCCAUUUGAAGUUCCUGACGAAGAAGCCACGAAGCCCGAUGAUUGGCUCGACGAUGAACCAGCAACAAUACCAGAUCCGGAAGCUGAGAAGCCUGAGGAUUGGGAUGACGAGGAAGAUGGUGACUGGAUUCCUCCAACCGUACCCAAUCCUAAGUGUGAAGAGGCUUCUGGUUGUGGGAAGUGGGAGCGACCAUCCAAGCGCAAUCCAGAUUACAAAGGCAAAUGGACUCCAGAAUAUAUCGACAACCCAGCAUACAAAGGUGUUUGGAAGCCAAGGAAGAUCGCCAAUCCUGACUAUUUCGAAGAUAAGACGCCUUCCAAAUUCGAACCUAUGGGGGCUAUUGGCUUCGAAAUUUGGACGAUGCAGAACGACAUUCUCUUCGAUAACAUCUACAUCGGACACUCCGUGGAAGAUGCGACUAAAUUCAAGAAUUCGACUUUUGAUAUCAAGCAGAAGAUUGAAAAAGCCGAAGAGGACGCUGCGAAACCGAAACCAGCUGACAUACCCAAAGCAGCAGGAGAGAUCAACUUCAAGGAAGACCCUGUGACCUACAUCCGCGAAAAAGUGGACUUAUUCUACGAGCUUGCCAAGGAAGACCCGGUCGAAGCCAUUAAGACACUUCCAGAAGUCGCUGGUGGCAUUGGCGCUCUCGCGGUGACUGUCAUUGUCUUAAUCGUCAGUAUUGCUACGGCUGCUACGAAAGGAGCACCACCGCAAGCUAAGAAGGCGAUCGAGAAAACCAAAGGGGCUGCUGUGGACGCAAAGGACCAGGUAGUGGACGCCACCACAACUAGCGCCGAAAAGAUUCAGGCCGAGGUGAACAGGAGGACUACGAGGUCCACGGGACCUGCAGAGUAA